ACGAGCCACCCGAACCCUGAUCUGUGGCCCAGACCCGGCGUCUGCACUCGAAGUCCCAGUCGGGAUCCGACGGCGCGGCCGAGUCCCGGCGCGUCCUCCGCCCUUGACUCUCGGGGCGCCUAGUGGCCCCCAGUCCGCGCCACGGGCCACCUGCGCUUCUCAGCACCGCGCCCCGGGCUCCCGCAGUGACGUGAAGCUGGAAGCCAACUGGGCCAUAGGCACAUUGGAGGUCCCUAACCCAGAAAAAGAUUCUGCUCCAGAUGUGAAGAUGAUCUCCAAAGUCCAGCCACAGGAGACCCAGGCCAACUCCAGGUCCGGAUUAGGGCUUGAGGCUGAGAGCAAGCCUCCAAGGGCUGAUCCAGGGCAUGAAGCCCAGGCCAAGUUCUUGCCUGCGGAGCCCAGGACCAGAUCAGAAUCCUGUAGCGAGGGGCCUGGCGGAGACCGGAGUGGGGUACCCCCUGACGACCUUAGUCCGCAGACCCAGCUGGAGUCGGUGAACUUGAUCGACGCUGGGGAGGGGCUGCGCUUGGCGCCCUGGGAGCGCAGCAAGAGCGUGACCAGCUUUGAGCGCUUCUGCUCACAGCUGGUCAAACGACAGCAGCGGAGGGUCAAGGUGGCACGACUCACUCGAAACUACCAGCUCGGGCCCAGGAGCUGAAGGAAUACCGCUAUCGUGACCCCACAGGGGAUCCUUUUGCUUUGGUUCAACGCGUUGGCGCUGCUAGCGGGCCUGGGCGCCCGGCCGGCGAUUCUGCAGGCCUCUGGCACCUUGUCGCCACUGCCGGAGGCCGUGUCCGAGGCAGGCGGUGAAGUGGCACGUCUUCUGCUAUCGCCUUCCGUGCAACGCGACCGACGUGCUUCGGGAGGGACGGACCCGCAGCCCUACCAUCCUCAAAGAAGCAACCUACGCCUUCUGGCGGUCGUGCGCCCUUGCGAGCUCACGCUGUGCACGAGCCCCUUCCCUACCCCGCAAGGCGGCGACCGCUGGUGGCGCUCCCUCAACAUCUACUGCUUUGGCAGCGACGUUAUUGCGCAGAUGCAGAGCCAGCUGCUGGGGCACCUGCAGCGCCUUCUCACCGGCCUCUACGUCUUGUGCCAACUCUUCCUGAUGCCCCAGCUCUGGUCACAGCUGGCUUAUUUCUCAGGCCUGGGGCUUGGACUGGUCCAGAGUUAUAUGGAACAAUACCAGCUGGAGGCUGACAUGUGAGGCUUCUCUUCCCAGAGAAAAGUGGAGAAGCACUCAGUGUUGCUUCAUUCCUCAAAUCCCCAGCCAGCCCGUGCCUACCAUUUCCAAGCUCCGCUCCCCUCAGAAGUUGGCUCUGGCCCCCUACCUUAAGGCAUAUAGGUCCUCCCCUUUCCCUUUUCUCAACUGGGCCAUCUCCUAGCUCCCCCCAAUGCCCUUUCCCACUCCAGACUUGAACCUCUGAAGAUGGGGGAGCCCCUUUGUUCUCUAUUACCCAUUCCCUUCUUUUCCAAGAAUGAUGGAUCCCUUCAGAGCCCUGUCCAUCUUCCCAUGAAUCCUGGCUUCUCCCUUCUGUACCCAUCAGAUGGAAGUGGCAGCAUUGUGUGUGAUGCCCAGGUCCCAGCAGGGGACACAGCCAUGUUCUUUCUCUUCCUCUUCUGAAGCUUCAGAACUGGCCCAGGGUGCUCUUCCUCACUGGCACCUCUGUCUUCUAGAUUAGUGUCCUUUUCCUGCUUCUGUCACCCCCAUUUUCUUCCUCCCUGGACAUUCCUGUCACUUAGCUCCUAAACACCAUUUUUUCUGCUCCUCCCCCCUUUUUCUUCUGUUCCCUUCCCCAUUACCAGAGAGAGAGGUUGUAAAUAAAAUAUAUUUAUAAUGAUCCCCCACUUGGGAUCCUGUUUACUUUUGGUGGUGUGCUUUCCUCAGCUUGCCACACUGGCUGGGUUUUGCUUCAAACUGGAAUGAUGUUGUUAUUUCUCCAGGGUUCCUAAGGUCCCCAACUAACUAGAGGGUCCAGCCAGAAACCGGUGCAACCAAACCUGGCCUAGGGGCUGUCCCUCAACGUGGCAUAGGGUUUUUCAGAUUCCAACCAGUCUACCUUCUAGGAGAACUGGAACCCCCACCUCCCUGUACUUCUGCACACUGUUCCUCUGGAUUAUGUAUGCUAUUUAGACUCUGAGAGUCUUCUAUAUAAAUGCAAGUAUUAACCACUGCAUUUGUACAGUGCUGUCUCCUAUACUGGAUCCCACACCAAAGUCAGAAGAAGGAAACAGGCUUAGAAGGAUCCAAGUGACUUCUUUGAGGUCCCGUCAAUAGCUGGACCUAGAACCAGGUGUGCCAAGGCCACAGCAUGCCCAGAACCUCGCUCUGUGUGUUGGUAUUAGCUCUGGACUUCUUGAUGGACAGUGGACAGUUGCUAGGGAAGUGUGGAUCCAGCUCGGGGUUUGCUGGGGAUGGAAUCCAAGAUGUGGGCAGAGGAGGGCGCCAGUGGGUGGGAAAAGGUGGGCAAAGGGAACAGCUACUGUCACUAUUCACAGCUCCAGCUCUGUGGCUACGCUGCUCUGCCUUGGCUGCCUCCUGCCCCUUCCUUGCCAUUUCCACCAUGGCCUUAUGGCAAUAAAAUGGACCUUUUGCCCA